AUGUGUGACAGACCCGACCGCACCCUUAGCACCAACAUGCCUGUAGUAGACUUGUUUGACAGGAAUUACCCGGAAAAUCUCACUUUUGUAAAAACUUACCAGCCUCGAAACAAAGAAGUCAAACAUCUCAGAAUUCUGCUUUAUGGACCAAUCGGUGCCGGCAAGUCCAGUUUCAUCAACUCAGUUGAAAGUGUUUUACAAGGCAGAAUUACUGUUCGAGCCUUGACAGAUGCAGUCUCUGGGAGCAGCUUCACCCAAAAACACAAAACCUAUAAAAUCCGCAAAGAACCAGAGGGCUUUUAUUCUUUCAUUUUCAAUGACAUCAUGGGCUUUGAGCAAAACGAUGGCGUUCAUGUGGAAGACAUCAAACUGGCCCUCAAGGGACACGUGGCAGACGAUUACAAGUUCCUUCCUGAAGGCGAGUUGACAGUGACCAAUGAGGGCUACAACUCAUCUCCCACUCUGGCUGACAGUGUUCAUGUCCUGGUUUGUGCGCUUCCUGCCGGCUCGGUAUCUUUAAUAAGUGAUGAAGUUGUGAGGAAGAUGAGAGAAGUCAGACUCGCAGCAAGUGAAAUGGGAAUUCCCCAACUGGCUAUUCUCACCAAAGUGGACGAAGCUUGUCUUCAGGCAAAAAAAGAUGUGAAAAAAGCCUAUAAAAGCAAGUACCUGAAGAAACAGGUCAACAAAUGCAACAUGUUGUUGGGCAUCCCACGAAACUGCAUCUUUCUUGUGAAGAACUACGAAUCAGAAAGCAGCACGGAUGAAGACACCAAUGCGCUGAUACUGAGCGCAUUGAGACAGAUAAUCACAUUUGGAGAAGACUUCCUCAACAACCUGUAGACCUGAAUACUGCUGAAGUAAACCUUGUGUAAUUUAGGCAUGACAUUUUGGUAAUUUUUGGUAUUCAUUAUAUCUUGUGAGGCAUGCUUUAAGUUUGAAAUCAAAAUGUAGUAGUUUAAGUUUUGAUUAACUUAAAGACAUUAUGGAAUAAAUAAGCACGAGUAAAUACACAAUAAUGUAAUAGAACCAUGACAAUGUGAAGUAAUUCAACAGUUUUAUGCAGUU